AAAUACUUCCAGUUUUUACUGGCCUUAGCUUUUUCCAUGGAUGAAGUCAACAGGAACCCUGAUGUUCUACCAAAUUCAUCAUUCGUAUUUAGAUGUCCAGAGGGUGGUUGUGCAACUAGGACACAAAUAGAUAGUCACUUUCACUUUAUUGAAGAUGUUCGUGAUUUGCCCCCUAAUUAUAUCUGUCAUAAACAGACUAUGUGUAUCGUGGUCCUUACAGGACCAAAUUUGGGAAAAUCUAUGAAGACUGGGAUCAUAUUCAACCUCCUUAAACCUCAACAGGUCCUUCAGAUUACCUAUGGACCUUUCCAUCCCACUCUGAGCAAUCGUGAACAAUUUCCUUCUCUGCAUCAGAUGGCUGUCAAAGACAGAUCUUUAGCCCUGGCCAUGCUAUCUUUGAUGCUUUACUUCAACUGGAACUGGAUUGGACUGGCCAUCUCAGACAAUGAUCAGGGUACUCAAUUUCUCACACAAUUAAGAGGAGAGAUGGAAAAAAUUACAGUCUGCUUUGCCUUUGUGAGUGUGAUCCCAGUCAAGAUGGAUUUAUUCUUGUCAAGAGUUGAAGUUUAUUAUAACCAAAUAGUGACAUCAUCCACAAAUGUGGUUAUCAUUUAUGGUGACCCAGAGAGUUCUCUAGCUAUGGCCUUUAGAAGGUGGCAAUCUCUAGGUUUACAGAGAAUAUGGGUCACCACCUCACAGUGGGAUGGCACUACAACUAAGAAUGACUUCCAACUUGAUUCAUUCAAUGGGAAAAUAACUUUUGCACACCAUCAUGCUGAGAUUUCUAAUUUUAAAACAUUUGUCCAGACAUUGAACCCUCUCAAAUACACAGACGAAUUUCUGGCCAGGCUGGAGUGGAUGAACUUGAACUGCAAAGUCUCAGGUUCUAUGUGUAAGACCCUGAAGUAUUGCUUAUCUAAUGCCUCAUUGCAAUGGCUAAAGGCUCAGACUUUUGACAUGGCCUUUAGUGAUGAGAGUUAUGACAUAUAUAAUGCGGUNNACACCUUCAAUAAUACUGCCUUUAAGAUGAAAUAAAAUGGAUUUUAUGAAUUCAAGGAAGAGCACACACACUAUAGAACGGUGUGUCUCUUUCAGCUGCACUCCUUUCUGAGGAAAACACACUUCACUAAUCCAGUUGGAGACAGAGUGAUUAUGAACCAGAAAGAAAAUCUUCAGGAAGAGUAUGACAUUUUUCAUAUUUGGAAUUUCCCAUAUGGUCUUGGACUUAAGGUGAAAAUAGGAGAGUUUAGCUCAUAUUUUCCAUAUGGUCAACAACUGCAUAUAUAUGAAGACAUGAUAGAGCAGUCAACAGGAAGUAGACAGUGUUAUAGAAGAGAUUAUGAAGAUGUGGAUAAAUGUGUGAUGUGUCCAGAGGACCAGUAUGCUAACAGAGAACAGAACCAAUGUAUUCCAAAAGCUGUGGUCUUUCUGAACUACAAAGACACCUUAGGGAUGGUUCUUACCUUAAUGGCCUUGUUCUUCUCUGCAUUCACAACUGUGGUUCUUGGGGUUUUUGUGAAGUACCAUGACACUCCCAUUGUGAAGGCCAACAACCAGAAUCUCAGCUACAUCUUGCUAAUUUCACUCAUCUUCUGUUUUCUGUGUCCCUUGCUUUUCAUUGGGCAUCCCAACUCAGCUACCUGUGUUCUGCAACAAAUCACAUUUGGAGUUGUAUUUACUCUGGCUGUUUCCACUGUGUUGGCCAAAACAGUGACUGUCCUGCUUGCUUUCAAAGUCACAGUUCCUGGAACAAGGAUGAGGUAUUUUCUGGUUUCUGGUGUUCCCAACUACAUCAUUGCCAUCUGUACGCUCAUCCAAAUCAUUCUCUGUACAAUCUGGCUGCAAUUUUCUCCUCCUUUUAUUGACAAAGAUGUGCACUCUGAGCAUGGGCAGAUCAUCAUUGUGUGCAACAAGGGCUCAGUUACUGCAUUCUACUGUGUCCUGGGAUACCAUGGCUCCCUUGCAUUAGGGAGCUUCAUUGUUGCAUUCUUGGCCAGGAAUCUCCCUGACACAUUCAAUGAAGCCAAGUUACUUACUUUCAGCAUGCUGUUGUUUUGCAGUGUCUGGAUCACCUUUCUCCCUGUCUACCAUAGCACCAAGGGCAAGAUAAUGGUGGUUGUGGAGGUCUUGUCCAUCUUGGCUUCCAGUGCAGGCCUACUGGGAUGCAUUUUUAUCCCCAAGUGCUACAUAAUUUUGUUAAGACCAGAGAGAAAUUCACUUCAAAAGUUAAGGGAGAAAACAUCUUCCUGA